CCUCGUCAGCACUCAGCCCCUUUUCCCAACGGUUUUCCCAAGGCUGUCCGAAAUGAGUCCUCUAGCACAGAGCCAAUGCGUACGCCGAAAGUUUGAGCUGAGAGGAUUGUUUGGAAACUGCCUUGCAAACCCAUCACAGAAACUGCAUAGUCUAUUAUGGUACCCAGGGAAUUCCUUGUCCUCCUCCUCGUUUCCUGAACAACAGAACUACGGAUUGCAAUGGGGAGGUGGACUCUGUCUGCCGUCUCUGAUUUUUUCUGCCGGCUCGUGGUCACCCCUGUCCACAGAAGAUGGAUCCUCUCGCAUCAGCCAGGAUAGCUGGUCUGCUCUGUUACCGAUGUUGCUGCUAUUGCCCCUAUUACUCUCAUCACCCAAGACUGCUUCUUGGUCUCUUUACUUUGCUGCAGGAACAUGGUUCGGGAAAAGAAAACUCAUUCUGCAGCUACUAAGCCCAAGUAACGUCUAAGUCCGCACCGAAACAACGGCCAAACAGCCUUCGGUUGUAUA